AUGCCUGAGGUCCCUUCGGGGACUAAAUCGUCUCGUUCAAGUCCUCCCCACGAUAUCCUCGAUUCCCGCGCGGAACGAACCUGGCCUGGAAAUAAUUGGCCAGAGUACAAGGGGGAGGCAACGCAUAACAUCCCGGAAGAGUGUGAGAGACUCUUCUGUGACAGACUGUCUGCGACAUUCCUGGGUGAGAGGAAUUUCGUGGGACAGGAGUCGCUGGGGAUGGAUGCGUUCUCAAAUGUGCAGUCAAAGCAAAUCGAGCACCAGCAUAAUCGAAUCCAGCGAUGGAUAGAGGUGUGGGAUUACUCUAGUGAUGCGAUCUACCGCGGAUUUGUGGCUGAACACAACAAAGAGCGGACACUGUUCGUCUUCUUCGAGGACCGUGCACUUGAACACGGCCUCAAAUCUGGUGACUGUCCUUCAUACGUGUUUGAUCACCUGCUGACCUUGGCCUCCGUUAGCUUGAUCGCUCUGUUUGAACUUGCUGAUAUUGCCACCUUUGGGUGUUCGCAAAUAGUGGCAUGUGUCAGUCGCUCACAGCGCACAGAUGAAAUGGAGCUCGUGCGAAGUCUAGGAUGGUGUGGAUUCAACCUCACCACCUUGGCACCCUGGGUCUCAGGCAGUGAGGAAGGGCCAUGCCUUAGUAAUAAAUGGCUUUUCUUGGUUGCCGAAGUCUAG